UAGAACUGCGUAAUAAAUAGAUCUGGUUGCCCUGCCAAAAAAUGAGCGUUACCCGGACAGCAGCCAGCAGCCUUGCCUAUUCUAUCGUGUUCAAUAUGAAGUCUGACUAUUUCUCUCGUCUCCAAGCCCCCACUACGCUGGCCGGUCUCUGCGAGGCCCUGAAGAUCGACGGUUCGGUUGUACGUUGUGCUUGCACCGACCCAGCCAAUAAGCGAUGCCAACACAGAGUCGUCAAAGAUGCGGUCCAAAAAAUACGCUUCAAGCUUAUGGAGCUGACGACUUUUACGGAAGCAUCGCCAUACUUGGAGCAACUAUCACGCAAGCUGCUCUGCAGUGCCCAACACCACCAGCGUGAAAGCACAAAACUGUUUCAGUCAUGGAAGGCCAAGCUUGGGCCUGUCCAUGUGCAACAAGACAGCGAAGAAGCUAUAACAGCAGAUGACGAAUCUGACAAACAAGAUGAAUACAGAGUUCGUCAGUUUCUGUUCUGUGCUCUUCCUCAAUAUUACGACAACAACUACGACUACAUCCCAACAUCUAUCCCAACAUCUAUCCCAACAUCCCCUCCUGCCGGCCCCCAAGGCAAAUUUAAGAGGCGCAUAUCAGCAAGUGCAAGCAAGGGUUCCAACGAAGCGGUCAGGGCCCGUGUGUGGAAGACUCUGACAAACCAAGAGUUGGCCGAGAAGAAUGUGCAAGGCUUCAUCUACAUCUUUACCCAUGCACCGGUUGGUACUUGCCCACAGCCAGGAUACUUUUAUAAAGUUGGCUCGAGCAAAUGCGCUGCUAAGCGCGUCGCACAGUGGGAGCGUCAAUGCGGCAAGAAGCUAAACCGAGAGCUGAUAUACCCUACCAAGCUUCACAAGCGAGUCGAGUCGCUGGUGCAUGCUCACUAUGCGACCAGCAUGCUCAGCGAGGAUUGUGAUGCAUGCGAAGCAAAACAUGUUGAAUGGGUGGACAUGCAUGUGUUGGAUUUGGCGGACUCUGUUUCGCUAUGGAGCAAGUGGAUCAACAAAUAUGAGCCCUACGAUGAUCAAGGCGUCUUGAAGCCCGAAUGGGAACAACGACUGAAGGCUCUUGAUCUAAACAAGGCCAACUGUUGGGAAACCUUUGUCAAUAAAGAGGCAAACAUCAACCACAGAGGUGUUUCGCACGACGGGAACAACGCGGCGACAGAGAGGAUGACCGGUUCAAUGGAAGCUGUGCCCAGAGGCCAGUCUACAGCCACGAUAGUCGUUUCCCUUCCGUCGUCACUACAUGUGCUCGCAUGGGCUGUGUUUGUUCUUCUCAUCCUGGUGCUAUUUACGAAGCAAUGAGUUACGAAAUAUGGACUGUACAACAUAUGGGUAGGCGUUAUUU